GAGCGGAAGUGCUUUAGUUCUUUUUCUACCACGGUCUGCCAUAAUGGUGUUUAAACGCUUUGUCGAAAUCGGCCGCGUUGCUUUCAUUGCAUUCGGCCCACAUGAGGGCAAGUUGGUGGCAAUUGUAGAUGUAAUUGACCAAAACAGGGCACUGGUAGAUGGCCCAUGCACAGGAGUGAAGAGACAGGCUAUGCCAUUCAAGUGUUUGCAACUCACUGACUAUGUCAUCAAAGUACCUCACAGCGCCCGUCAGAAGUACGUGAGACGUGCCUGGGAAAAGGCGGAGAUCAACCAGAAGUGGGAAGAAAGCAGCUGGGCCAAGAAAAUUGAGGCCAGAAAGAAGAGGGCCACAAUGUCUGACUUCGAUCGCUACAAAGUGAUGAAGGCUAAGAAAAUGAGGAACAAGAUCAUCAAGCACGAGAUGAAAAAGCUCCAGAAAGCUGCCACAGCACAAAAGAAAGCAUAACAUAUCUUCAAUAAAUGUGUUUGAAUUGGA